ACGCUGCUUGUGCAGACUAACGAAAUAAAGUCUGUAAGCGUGUGCGCUCCCAUCCUCAUCGUCUUCGUCAUCGUCAAACCAUUCUUUUUCGCUUCUACUUCUACUUCAGCCUCUGCUGCUGCUGCUGUUGCUCUUCGUGCGCUAUUGUUGUUGCUGUUUUUUGGCAUUAACCAGCCCCGCAGUCACCGCGCGCGCUCGUUGCUCUUGUGGCAGUACCGUUGUGCGCAUUUCUUUUGGUGCGCCUGCGCACAGUCGGCUUUCUACCGUUGACGUAUUCGGAUUUGUGGAAAUUUCUCUGCUCUGCUGCUUACGGGCGUACUGUGCGUAGAGACCAUACAUAUGUACACUGAUUGGAUUACACGCAGACAAAAAAUAUUAUUUAUUUAUGAAAUAGAAACAAAAUAUGAUUUAAGUAAAAAUUUCGAAGACAAAAAUUGAGAAAAUUAAAAAAGUGAUAAUAUUGCGCAAUAUAAAAUACUGAAGAGGGCAGCAUUUGAAAACCGAAAAUCUUUUGUAAUUUUGGAAACGUUGAAACUCGAAUAAAGUAAAAAAUAAAAUGUGUGGCAAAAUAAAAAAAAAACAGAAUUUCUGUUAUGAAAAAAAUAAUUUAAAAAAUUUGUAAAAAAAUUCAGAAUAAAAACAAAAAAUCAUCAACAGCUCUUAAAGUGAUUUAUUUCGAAUACCGAUGUAUUUUCAUGUAAUUUUGGAUUUGAAAUUAAAUAAUUAAGAAUAGCAUUUGUGUCAGUGUUAAAAAUGCUAAUAAAAUUUUAAACAGAAUUACGGUUUGAAAAUAAAAGUCUAAUUUGAAAACAGUGAAAUAUAUUUAAAAAAUAUAUGAAUAUUAUUUUAUGCAAUGAAUAUAAAAAAUGACAAGAAUUGAGAAAUAAAAUAAGUGAAUAAUUUUCGAAAUACAACCCUGUUAAUAUGCAGUACACAAUAUUUGUUAAGCAAUUAAAAACAAAAGUGUCUAAUUUGUAAGUGAAUAAAACAGAAACCCAAUAUACUCAUAUAUUUUGUAGCAAAUAAUUGUGUAAAAAAAUUUCAAAAACAAAAAAUAAUAAAUAAAAGUACACAGUUAUUGAUCGCAUUAAAAAUAUUUAUUGAAGCCGCUAAUGUGUUUUCAAAAUAGCGCAACCAUUAAAAAUAUAUGCAAAUGAAAAUAAAGAGCAAUUUCAGAAUUUUUUGUUUUUUAAAAAAAUGUUCUUUCUGCUAAAGAACACAAGUAAAACCUUUAAAAAUUGCAAAAACCACAAAAUAAAUUGGAAAACGUGAUAUUCGGCGAAAGAAAUGAAAAUAAAGCAACACCAGAACCAAGCAGGAAAUACAAUUUUGAAAAAGACACAAACAUACAAACACAUUCAUUUGCUGGGAUAACAAAUAACUGUAUAAGAACAGUGGCAAAGCUGCAAUAUCAACAACAACUAAUACGGAUUAAAAGGAUAUUUGAAAAUGUUGUGAUUUCUCGCAAGCAACAAGUUUAACUACAAGGAAAAUUAACAAUUAAUCCCAAAAAAUUCCGUAAUUGCACCUCUCCCAAUAAAAUUAUCCCAACAUUUUGGAUAUUCACACCCCGUCCUCAACUCGUAAUCAUCUUGUGUCCACAAGAACCGGAAGGAACAAAAUUACUCGUAUGCACCGUAAAAUACAAUGAAGUUUUGCAGCAUGAAUGGACCAAGUGAAUCUGAAGUUGAAAGUUUACUUAUGAGUCCAUGCUGGGGUCCCACACAGAACGGCAGUCAGGAUCAAUAUCUGCUCGAUGGCCAUAAAUUACUGCUGGAGCACGAACUGGAUUCGCUGCCCAGCGAUACGGAACAGAAGAAUUCACUGGAUAUGCUCGAUAAUCUGCUCUUGAAUACAUCCUCCCUGAAUGCUCUAUCCGACCUGAAACCGUUACCACCGUUCACCGGCUAUACGGGACAUUUGUCCAUAAAUGGCAUCUCCGGACAUCAUUAUCAUGCGAUCGCACAGAGAUUACCUGAUGAGAGUAACAACAAUUACAUUCAAAGCGCCUACCAGACAAAUAAUUACACGUCGACGACCGGCAAUGGCACGACGAGUAUACAAUUGGCGGCGGCGACGUCGGGCACAUCGCCGUUACCCUCGAUGUCGAGUGGUGGCGGUGGUGUCAACAGUCAUGGCUCUUCAGCCGAUCACAACAUAGUUUCCUCGUCUACUUGCCUGCCCGAGAGCGUACUGAGUCCGGAUGCGGACGCCUGCCUGAGUGAUGUGAAGCUGUUCGCCGAUAGUCAAUUAGAUAAUAAGCUAUACUCGAUGGCCGAUAGCUGUGUUAUGUCGGCGGGUGGUUCGGCCGGUCUAGGUGGUGGUGGUGGCGGUAUUGGCGGUGGCAUAGUUAACAAUGGUAACGGUAUGGUGGGCGGUGGCGACCAAGGCACAGAUUCGUUGCACAGUAGUGUACGAAUUUAUACCGACGCCAAAGAUCUGUCCGAAUAUGUAGACAUGAACUCGAUAGACGACAUUGCGGCCAUAAUCGGUUCGGCGAUAGCAGACACAACGGUGCCCAAUCAACUGGACAAGGAUGAUGGUAAUGACACGCGCAAUUCUUGGAUGGAUUUGGAAACGUGGAUCGAAGGUAAUUGCAUACAGCAAGAUGGGAAACUGCUUGUGUCGCAACAGGAUACGCUAAGCGAAUUUAUCUUGCCACACUCACCCGUGCAUCCAAGUUCAACGCUGCAGAAUUUGCUGACGCACGGCUACAUGCCGUUCCUGCAGAACCGACUACAAAAUGGUCCACCACAACAACAGCAAACGCAACAAGCCAAUGCAGGCACAAUGAAAAGUGAAGCGCCCAGUUCUACCUCAUACUGUAACGAGCUGUCCACAGCAACGUCCACCUCGAGUCCGCCAGGUUCCGUUGUCUCGACCACAGACAAUCUAAUGAUCAAUCCGCGCUAUCUUACGAAUCCGCAGCAAUACCAAGUCUCCAUGUCCUCAAUGAAAUCCGAUGGUCUCUGCAGUCCCGACAUGCUCGGCAAUUAUCCGCACACGACGACCAUUACACCCACCGGUACGCCGAAAACGAAACGUUCGCGCACCCAAAAGAAAUCCAGUCAACAACAACAAGCGAAUGCACAGUCCAGUAAUAGCGGACUUGGACCGCAACAGCUGAGUGCAAUUUCACCGUCAUCCGUCAAUUUCAGCGCCAACGAUCUGUCCGGUCUGUUGGGUAAAGAGAAACCGGUGCAUCGGUGUAGUAUAUGUAAUCGAGGUUUUCUCAAUAAGAGCAACAUCAAGGUCCACCUGCGCACGCAUACGGGCGAGAAACCGUUCCGUUGUGAUGUUUGCGCCAAAGCGUUUCGACAGAAGGCGCACUUGCUCAAACAUCAACAGAUACAUAAGAGAAUUGGGCGUGACUGACACGAUGCGCGCGAGGAUCACGAACAACAUAGCAGUGUUGUAAUGAUGCACGCCAAUAUGCGAGCUUUCAAGCCCAAAUCUACAAAAUCGUUGCGUCUGCGAGUGUCCUAAAUGUGUGAGUGUACGCCUUUGCGUCGAGAGCACGUAUUUGAAUAUCUCGUUUAUAUUCAAUUACACGAAAGCUACUAUUAGAGUGGUUAGCUGUUUUGUGGCUAUCUUCGGAGUUUCUCCGACAAUUAGCCACAUUAGAGCUACACCAAAUCCGCCACACAACAACACUCACGGAGGCAGCGUAGUGUUCAUUGAAGGUGUUGAAGUGCUGUUCUCACUACGCUGAGCAUGUGAGUGUCAAUUGAGUGAGAGCUUAAAGCUCAAAGCUCAAACACUUGACGACUCUUUGUAAGUGUUACGCAAUUCAAUGUCCUUCAGUGAGCGAGUGCGUGUUGCGAAUUCCCAAAUGUAUGCCAUUAAAGAAGCUGUGGUGAGUAUUUUCUGUAUAUUAAUUUGACUACAUUCGAAAACCACUUCUAUUCCAUGGGAUGAGAGUACAAUCUUUUGUAGUUUAGUUGGUAACGAAAAUACUUUUACUUUGAAAAUUUUAUAUUUGAUUGUGGCUAUUUUGGAAUACGUGGCACGCAGUCAAUAUUUGUUAUUCGUUGUUGUUGGUUGCUUUUGAUCUCUUUAGUUUUACUCAAUGUAGGUUUAUUAGUUGAAGAAGGUUCGUUAAAAAUUGUUGAUUUUGUAUUAAACAGAUAGUUCCAAUAAAUGAAUUAAAGGCAUUUAGCCCGACAUUCUCUUACAGAUUUUCGGAGAAUAUUAACUAGGUAGUAUAGAAACAAUUUUUUAAUUAGUGAAGAUGCCACUAUUUGAAAUGAUGGAUUUUAAAAGAAACUUUCACUGUUUUUAGGAAACAAAUCUUAGUGGCUUUCAAGAUUAACAUUUUUUCAAUGUAUUCAGUUAAAGCUUAAUUUCAAUGUAAAUACGAGGAGCUUUCACUCUUUCUAAAGCUUAACAUUUUGUAUGUUAAGCAUUUCAUUAUAAUUCCAAUGUAAUUGGAAGUUUUUGGAGUUUCUUUAAUUUUAUUUUAAUUUCUUUUCAUAAAAAAGUUACAAAAAAAAGAGAAAGCAAUUAUCCGCUUCUUAAAGCUCAUUUCUAUUAUAUUGUAACUUACUAAUGAUACAAAAUACAGCGGAUUCUUGCAAAUAUUUGAAAAAGCUCAUUAUUUGAGCUUUCAUUUCGGAAAGAGCUCAAAAGCUUCCACUACCAGAAAUUUUAAAUUGAAUUCCUUAUUUUUUUGUUACGAAACUUCAGAAAACAAAAAAAAAAUAGUCGCAGUUUACAUAAUAUCCUUCAAGAAGUUGAUAUCAGGACCGAAAAAAUAAAUUUCAUCUCUAGAGAAAUUAAUAGCUCUAUAGGGAGACUAGUCGCAGCUGAGCGCAAUGCUCUAUUGAGUUAAUGCAAUAUUAGACCAAAUUAGUUAAGAUAAAUCCACAAAUCCGAAUGCGUCAAGCGAAUGAUAUCGGCUCUUUAACUUAACGGUCAAACUAAAACAUACUUAAAAUACAAUUAGCGAAUGAGUAGCGUUAGGCCAGCAGGUUGUUAGCGUAACGCAAUUGAGCGACUGUUGCCAGUGAAAACUCAAAGAGAGCACAAGCAAUGUAAGAACAACGGAGCGUCCAAUUGUCUUUUUGCAACUGUUGUUCCGUUUUGAUGCAAGUGUGCGCUCUACUAAGGAAACAACGCUGUGGAACUGUUGCCUGUAACUUACGCACUUACAGUUAUAAUAAAAAAAAUAAAAUAUUUUUCUAAAAUUUGGCUUCAACUAAAAAAAAAAACAAAAAACGUUGUAAAAUAAUAAAUUUUUAAUAUCUAUGUACAUUUAAGUUCCAAGAACAGCGUGUAAAAACAUAAUUAAAUAAUAUAACCGUAGUUUUAAUUUAAACUACAUAUGUGCAGCGAAUUUUGUAAAAUAUGCAUAUGGCGUAAAAGAGAGCAGAGAAAUUGUACCUCAAAGUGGAAAAAUAUUUCAUACAAGUAAUUUAGCAAUACAAAAAUGUUAAUAAGAAAACUUUUAAUUAAUGAAAAAUUAAUUAAUUAAUUAAAAAAACGUAUAUAAAUAAGUUUAAAAGCAAUAUGUACAAACGAAUAUGCAAUAAAGUAGUGUGUUGAAUAAGCGAAAUGCAAUUGCAAUAAACGUGAAAAUUAAUUAAUUUAAUUAACUUAGUGAAAUUUUUUGUAUAAAAAGAUAAAAAACAAAAUUUCGUUUAUGAAAAAAUAAUAAUAAUUUGAAAAUUGUUGCAAUCUCUAACAACCCUGGCGGUGCGUUAAGUGUUUUUUGUUUUUGAAAGUUAAGAGAUUUGUUAAAAAAAGUUAUUCAAAUUCAUAAAUACAUAUAUAUUUUAAUUUUUAUUUGAAAUUAUAGCAAUUUUUAUUUUAAAAUUUAAAAUAUAAAAAGUUUUUAAAUUAAAAUUGUAAAAAAACAUUAAAUUUGCUGAAUCCAUGAUGCUUUAUUUUAGUUUAUAUAUAUACUAAACAUUAAUUAACCUUAAUUUAUUGUAAUUUAAAUUAAAUAGAAACUAAAACGCAUAUCACAUCGUACUGUAAGUAUGUAAUCCAUGCAAUUCUAAGUAUAUAACUAACGAACAAACAUACAUAUAUGCAGCAGUUGCUCAGUUAAAUAAUUUAUGUAACUAAAAUUAAUGUAAAAUAUUUAUUAUUUAUUUUUAAUUAUACACCUUUGUGCAAUUAUUUAUUUAAAUGUGUAUACUCCCACCAUUCCCCACUCCAACAGUAGCAGCAAAUACAGCUUGCUUUAUCUCUUCAUCCCUGCUGCAGUUCUGCGCAAAGAGCUGUUUUUAUUUAAAAAGAAAUUAAAGAAAUAUAAAAGUUAUAAAAAUGUAAAUAGUUUAUUGUAUUUAGCAUUUAGUUUUAAUUUAAAUUAAAUUAUAUUUAAUAUAAAAUGUGUUGCAAAUUGUUU